UAUAAGGUGACAGACAGUCUAGAAGGAUGGCUAAAGUAGGACAGGAGGGGAAGGACUAUUCCCUCACAAAGAGGAAGCUGUAGGGCAGCCAUGUCCUACUUCCUGUCUCCAAACACUCAUCCAGGUCUUCUGCCUUCUGGCCAAGGUGGGGCUGCUUCUCAGGGUUCGUCCCUUGGCCUCCAUAGUUCUACAAGUCCCGCAGAAUCAGUGUUGGUGGCCUCUGGUGGACCAGGCCCACUGAGCCAGAAGGUUGAGCAGGUGGUACCGGCUGCCAAGGCCUGGGGCUCCGCCCUGGCAGUGCCUGAAGCCAGGGGCUGCUCUGGGGGUGCUAGCUGGGAGACACCACGAAGGAAGGAGUACGACCGAUACUACCCCCAGCUCCCCUGUGUGAGGCAGUUGGAGAGCAGGGGCUGGGCAGAAGGCUGCUCCCGAAGUAGGGCUCCCCACUUGGGCGGCUCCAGCAGGCCCCAGCCCCUGCUGCUGUGUGGGCUGACGCCAGGGGUUUUGCCCGCGCCCUCCUCCGAGGCAGGGGGGAAGAAAGGCAGCUCCCAGCCUGACAUUUGCAUCCUUACACUGGCCAUGAUGAUCGCUGGCAUCCCCACCGUGCCCGUCCCAGGCCUGCGGGAAGAGGACCUGAUCCGGGCGGCUCAAGCGUUCAUGAUGGCCCAUCCGGAACCAGAGGGAGCUGUGGAGGGGGUGCAGUGGGGACAGGCACAUGCCUACGCAGCCGCUGGGCAGAUGCCCCUAGUAAGAUCCGGUAUGGGCCAGGCUCCUGCUUGUAGCUGGAUGAAAUAG